AUAAAAUUAGCCCUGCAACAAGCACAUCAUCUCAUUCAUAUCCUGAUCACAGAUGGAUCUGCAAAUCUCAGUUUUUCUUCUGUUCGUUUUUUUCACUGCAGGACAUUCUCUCAUCUGUAAUCAGUGCCCAGGUGUGUCGAACGCUUGUGACCAGAUACCAUGUCCUGAUGGACUUUCCAACAACUGCUUCGCAGCAACAGCAUAUGCUAGUGCAUUAGGUGUCAGUUCCUCUUUAGUAACGGUUAAAAGUUGUGCUCCAGCUACCUGCCCAAGUGGCUCCAUCAACCUCGGCAAUAUAAAAUUGUCUUCUUACUGCUGUAGCACAGACCUGUGUAACGCCCAAGAUUCUCCAGAUCCUAGCAGUAAUUCUCCCAAUGGAAAGACGUGUUACACUUGUGAUGCACAGGGGUGCUCAAGCAUAAUGGCCUGUUCAGGGAGUGAAGACCACUGCUUUAAAGCAACAGGGACUUUUGGAGACCAGUCACUGGGUGUAAAAGGCUGUGUCUCUAAAGCCAUUUGUGAUGCUGCAUCUUUGAUUCCUAAUGUUCAGGGCAUCUCAUGUUGUUCAAGGAACCUGUGUAACAGUGCUCAGAGCGUCACUCAGAGCUUCCUGUUCCUCUGCUGUUCUCUGCUCUCCUUCAUCCUGCUGCACUGAAUCCAGCAGCUCUUCACAUUCUACAAUCAGACACACUGUA